AUGGACGAAGACAUAAGUUUAUCGUCAGCGCAGGCUCAACAGCCUCAACCGUCGACAUCCGAAUCGGAAGAGAAGACGACGAAACGGACGACGACGACGACGACGACGGAAGAGGAGAAGCAAAAGGAGCAGAAGCAGCAGCAACCGUCGACGUCGAAAACUUGCAAAGUGGAACGACCGCGUGAGUUUGGCUACACAGAACCGAUUCCUUUCGCACCGUGGCGGCGGAAACGCUACGCGCUGACAGUGCAGGGAUUGCACGACGAAAUUGUGGACAUGUACCACUGGAUCAAACCGAACGAGAUCGAGUCGAGACUGCGGACGAAGGUGUUCGAGAAGGUGCGCGACUCGGUUCUCCGACGGUGGACACACAAAAAGGUGAAAAUCUCGAUGUUUGGAAGCCUUCGCACGAACCUCUUCCUGCCCACGUCGGACAUUGACGUGCUCGUCGAGUGCGAGGAUUGGGUCGGGUCUUCUGGAGACGUCAGUCAGCAAGAGGUAUGUAAGGACUUUUCAUCAACUUGCUAUUUGAUAUUAUCCUAUGGAUCCGUAACUUAAUAGAUAAUGGCAAGUGGAUCAAUAGUUCAGCUCCGGCUCCGAUAGAAAAAAAAAGUUACUUAUUUUGCAGUGGCUGGCCGAAACGGCGCGCGGACUCGAGACGGACAACAUAGCCGAAUCGGUGAUGGUGUACGGCGGCGCGUUCGUGCCGAUCGUCAAAAUGGUCGACAGGGACACGCGACUCAGCAUCGACAUCUCGUUCAACACGGUCCAGGGCGUGCGGGCGGCCUCCUACAUUGCCAAGGUCAAAGAGGAGUUCCCGCUGAUGGAGCCGCUCGUGCUGCUGCUCAAGCAGUUCCUCCACUACCGCAACCUCAACCAGACAUUCACCGGUGGCCUCUCCUCCUACGGGCUCGUCCUCCUCCUCGUCAACUUUUUCCAGGUACUCUAUUUUUGAGAUGUCCAUUUGAAAAUUACGUUUUGUUUACAGCUCUACGCCAUUGACAUGCGACACCGAACGAUUCAGGACAACGGCGUCAAUUUGGGAUAUUUACUGCUGCGAUUUCUCGAGCUCUACUCGUCGGAGUUCAACUACGAAGAGUUGGGAAUAUCGCCCGGCCAGGCGUGCUACAUUCCGAAAGCGGCGAACGGAGCACGUUACGGACACAAAAGAGCGCAACCGGGCAACCUGGCACUCGAGGAUCCGCUUCUGACGGCCAACGACGUCGGCCGCUCCACCUACAACUUUUCGUCGAUCGCCAACGCAUUCGGGCAGGCCCUGCAGAUUCUGAUGGUCGCCGUGACGUUACGCGAGCGAAAAGGACGUAAUCUGCUGGCGAUGAAGGGCUACAAAGGCUCGCUGCUGCACAUGAUCAUACCAUUCACCGCCAAGGAACUCACCUAUCGAAACUGGCUUAUGAGCUCGGUGAUGUCGAUGCCGCGCAAGGAAUGCGCGGUCAGUUACGACCUGAACCAGCUGCACAACACGCUCGUCUCGCCGACUGUCGAUUUGUCCCGCUACGCGUGGCUCCGCAAAAACGUGGCCGGGUUCGAGAAGAGAGAUUCGCGGCCGCUGAAGAUUGUGAAUCCGACGGAUGACAUCAAGAACCAGGUGAUCGCGCAGUUGAAGGCCAAGAUGGAGGAGGAGCGACUGAAGUUGGAGGAGCAAUCCGCAUCCAAACCGCCCGCGACCACAGCAACGUCGACGGUUGUGAACGAUGAGGAUCUGCUCGUCUCGGCGCCGCCACUACCCACCUCCACCGCUUCCGUCAACACUUCGGCCACUGUAUCCACAGCGGCCAGCAUAUCGGAGCGGGAAGACACGGACUCGCCGGGACUCUCGCUUUCGUUGGGCACACCGUCUUCGGAAGACGAUGAGGACGGAAUGGUGAACCGGAUGAAGACGUCGUCGGGAGCCGUGCAGUUCAAGAAGCAGUUCAGCGAAGUGGUCGCGCAGAAUAGUGGCCAGAAAGGAGGGAAAGAGUGCUCGUCGCGACGGACGCAGACUCGAUUCGACGAUCGAAAGGAAGGUAGGAGAAGGGGCGCCACGACGGAAUUGAACUUGAACGGAAAAUAACUUUUAUGACAUGUAGAGACAGAAGAAGGCCGUGAUUUGAACGUAUUCACACAGAUUUUUGUUGCAGAUCUCGAUCAGAAAUCGUUCCUGAACGGGCUGAACCCGAGCAGCGACUACUAUCGCCACUACACGGACUACGCGUCGGUUGUCUCCUCGUACAACAACGGCGCCAACCACAAGUACCGCAAUGGACAGCAGUACACGCAACGACCACGGCAUCACGUGCGGAAUCACUCGCAAGGAUCGGACGGAUCCGACGGAUACCGAGAUCAGAGAUGGAUUCAGACGGGCGCAACAGGGGCACCCAACAACAAUGUGCAUCCACGUGGCCGACGGAACGGAAGAGCCCUCUCGAACUCGUCGAACCGGUCGAGACGGUCGUCCGACUCGACAAGCGGCGGAAGGAGCGGAUACUCGGUGUUCCCGCCGCCCUCACAGGCCACAUCGGCGGCCGCUCCGAUUCUGGAGACGUCGCAUCACGAACAGACGGCCGACGAGACGCUGACCGAAGAGAAUGCGACGCUGACGCAGGACGGGUGUCGGGUGAGUGUGCAGACAACGCCGAUGGUCCCUAGAAUGUACGCGGACGCCGUGAAGAAGAAGUCGUCGGUCGCAUCGAACGCUUCGCUCGAUCUGGUCAACGGAAAUGUGUGCAAGAAUGGUUAGAAUUGGAAUUUUGAAUAAAGAAAAAGUUAAUUUCCUAAUUUCCUGCAGGAUCUUCCUCUUCUUCUCAAGCGCCGCCUCCACUAACCUCUCCGUCAGUCCCGGCUCCUCCGAUCGAACGAUCCUAUCGAAAUAUAGCUGCCAAUUUGAUAGGUACCACACUUUCGCCCUUUUCCGUUCAAUACAACUGAUGACUUCCAGCUAAACCGUCGCCAAUAGUUCUGGCUCCACCUCCUCCACCGCCACCACCUUCAUCGCAAUCACAGACGGUGCGGAAGGAGAACGAGUGCCGAUUCGACACGAAGACCGCCGGAAUCGCCGGAACUUCGGAGAUCGGACACCAUCAGCCGCAGCUAGUCCCGCCGGUUGGUUUCGCAUUGGAAAAUGAUGUAUAAUAUCUGUUUUUGCAGGUGAACCGUCUUCAACGAUAG